GUUCAAGAAUGGACUUAACGAUUAAUUUAAACUCUCUCGGAUUUGAGGCUGGACUCAGUGAGGGUGAAAAAGAAUUGACGUUUCUGCGCAGUCGGUCAGCAGGUUUGACUGUUAGUGGAUGCGGGCAUGCAGUGUUUCUAUGUGGACUUGCCACUACAGUGAGGGAGAAAUUAAGGUACCUGACUAAUAAAUCACGCCUGCCUGGCCUAAAUCUAGGUAUUAUUGGAGGCGGACACGUUGGCAAACAGUUGACAAAGGUUUUACUAACUUUGCCUGGAUUUAAAUCAUCUAACAUCAACAUUUCAACCAGAAGGCCUGACACACUGAAGGAAUUCUCCAAUAGCGGGGUGAAGUGUUACUUCGACAACCGCAGCCUGGCCGCUUGGGCAGACAUACUCUUCCUCUGUGUGCUCCCCUCUCAUCUGCCUCGAGUGUGUGCAGAGAUUCACUCUCAGCUGCCUGCACACUGCCUUGUGUACAGUUUCACCACUGCUCUGCCGUUACAAAGGCUUGCACGACUCCUUGGCCACAGUUUUGUUCUGAAACCCCGUUAUGAUUUUGUAGCCUGUGAUUCAGCUCUGAUGUGGCUCCGCCAUAAUCAAAUGAUGACAGCUUUAAAGGAUGAAGAAGUGCUGACAGCAUCAUGCCCACUUUCAAUGAGUGGUGGGCUUUCAUUGGAUCAGAGGUGGGUGUCUGCUGUGCUGUACAGUCUCCUCAACAUGUGCACUGCUGAACGAUUGGGGUUCAGCCAAGCCGUCCAUCUGCUCAAUGAGCUGUUUCAGACCAAACCCUCAUCCGGGACCUUUACCUGUCAAAGCUUUGUCAACUCAUCCUGUGCAGCUACACUUACUAACUCUGAGGAGCCUUUUCCUUGGAUCAACUUGAUCGAUGCACAGACAAAGCAGACCCCCUUGUCUUCUUGUCUAACAGCAUCUAAAGUUUUACAAGACUGCAUUUCUGCAGUGUAUCAUAAAACAUUUUCUGGCAUGUCAUCUGCAAAGAAUGAGAUGAAAGAGUGA